AAGAUUGGGAAGACAUAAAGAAGAUGCCAGAACAUCAAACUUUAAUGAAAGAUUUCAAACGAUCUAAUUAUUCUAAUUGUUCUCUGGUAAAAUAUAUGGACCGGCAUAAAAUAAAACCGGAUAGUAAAGCAUUUCAUUUGCUACAGAAAUUGUUGCUGAUGGAUCCUAACAAAAGAAUUACUUCAGAACAGGCUAAACAAGAUUCUUAUUUUCAAGAAGAUCCUACACCCACCUCAGAUGUUUUYGCUGGAUGUCCUAUACCAUAUCCUAAACGAGAGUUUUUAACUGAUGAUGAUCAAGACGACAAAGACAAGCGACAGCAAGCUACAAAUGUAUGUUUUAUUUUAAUUUUUUUAGAUCAUACUAYAAUAGUACAUUUUUGUUUGAUGUUUUUUGUAUCUAAGCAUAAUUGCAAUUAG